CAAUCCAUCGAAGAUAAUUUUAAUUUGUGCCUCCAUUUUCGCGAAUGUUUUUGGCGAUGGUGCAGUAUUUUCAAAAUCCAUCCCGCUCUCUUCCCUUCACUCCAAUUCAAAUCGCCACGAACCUUUUCUUUUUUAAUUUGCAAAUUUCAAACUCCGUAGAUCUGCAGCUUAAAAAAAAACCCUAACCCACAAAUCUCUUCAAUCCGAUUCUCACUUCUAACCCUCUUCCAUUUUCACAUAUCUUAUAGAUUGCGCGCCAAUCCUUUCAAGUUCGCUCCUUUUCUCUGAUUCUUUCAACAAACCCAUGCUUUUCUUUUGAUUUUUCAACACCAUUAUCUUCGGUUUCUACUGGGUUUUUACCUUAUGGAUGAUCGGUGCGAUUCCACAAUCGUUUCAGACUUGUUUUUGUCCACACCCAGAUCGAAAACCAAGACUUUAGGUGAGAAGAGGAGUAGUAGUAAUUUUGAAGAACAGUGUGGGGCUGAUCUUAAGAGGAUAAAGUUGCCUAAUUCUGGAUCCAUGUGUGGUUCUCAAGCAAUAAAUGUUCAUCAGGAGAAUUGUUUGAAAACGGAUGAAGUUAGUGAGGAAUGUCGGAUGGUUGAAGAAGAGAGGUUACGAGUGAUUGAUGUUUCUAAGAAAUCGGAUGUUAAUGCCUCUCUCGCCGAGAAGGCGGAGGCGACUAACGCGUCAUUGGGGGUGAUCAGCACUACCCUUACGCCGCUGGAUCUUAAUAAUGAAAUUUGUGUUGCGAAAAGUUCAGGUUCUGAUAACAUGGAUUUGGUUAAUAUUUCUGAAAAACAACACAGGCUCAGGAAUGACAAUGGCACUCAUGUAGCUGCAAGAGGCAUUGAUUUAGACCUUAAUGUAGAAGAUGUUUCUAGCUCUAUAAACCUGGAAACUGCUCACCCUCUCAAGAACUACAAUGAGUUGAAGUCGCACAACUCCUCCGAAUGUGCUAGCUCUACAGGUCCUUUGGGAGAGAAAGAUCCACUAAGUAUUUGGAAGGAGAUGAAGCAAAAUGGAUUUCUCUCGGCUUCUCAUGGAGGCAUACCGGCUCCAAAGCAACGUGGGAGGAGAAGUAAAAACGAUGCCCUUAAGAAAAAGAUGGAGAUUGCAAAAAGAGAGAAGAAGUUGGAGCUUGCAAAGAAAGAGCAGAUUGAUCGGUUCACAAAGAUUGCUGCUCCAAGUGGUUUGCUUACUGAACUGAAUCCUGGGAUCAUAAACCAUGUAAGAAAUCGGAAACAGGUCCAUUCGAUUAUUGAGGCAAUUGUAAGGUCUGAAAAACAAGAAAAUGAACGCCUAGCUAAUAAGCUUCUAUCAGAAAAAAGAAAUGCCGCUAAAGCAGGAGCCAAAAGGGAUCUUGAAAACACCCAUGAUCCAGACAUAAAUGUAUUUGGCUCUUCUCAAGGAUAUGGAUCUUCGAAUAGUUUUUCUGCUGGCAGGCAAAAAAGAGGAUGCUCCUUGACAAGAUCAUUGAUAACGGAGGCUGAAGGUGCGGAUUGUGGACAAAUCAUGUUAGAUCGAGCCAUUGGUAAGAAUUAUGCUUCACAAUCAAAUACUACAAAUGAAAAAGAGACUCUUGCACACGAGCUAUCAUCAUCACAUGCUGUGUCUGAGCAUGCUUGUCCAGUGUCUAAUGAUGAAGAAGAAAAUUUGACAUGUAUUUCAUCUCUCUCUCUUAAAGCUGCUACCGUUGCGUCUCAAUGGUUGGAUUUAAUACAUCAGGACAUCAAAGGGCGUCUUUCAGCUCUGCGACGAAGUAAAAAGAGAGUUCGAGCAGUUAUUUCAACAGAGUUGCCCUUUCUAAUAUCUAAAGAAUUUCCAUCUAAUGAAGAGAAUGAUCCAUACGUUGUGAAGAUUUCUCAGGAAGAAACUUCAGUUGUUUCCUCUGCUGAUCUCCAUCAAGCAAGAUGGACAAAACUGUUUGAUCAGAUGGAUAAAGCUCUUGCUGAAGAAGAGAAACAAUUAGAAAGUUGGUUGAACCAAGUAAAAGAAAUGCAGAUCCACUGUGAUCAAGGGCUGACUCAUGUUCAGUCAAAUGCAGCUUUCGGCUCGCAGCAACCAGGAGAAAAUGACUCGAGAACAAGGAAAAUGAAUAGCACAGAGAGAGCAUUAGCUGUGGGGGCUGCUGCAGCUUCCAUAUAUUCAACUUGCAACUUUCUCUUCUCAGAGAAUGUAUCCUGUUUCUGAUUUUUUUUUUUUUCUCUUCUCUUUUUACUCUGGCUAAUUUCUAGCUUUGUAAGCCUUAAAUGUGCAAAAUGCUGCUAUGGUAUAGUGAAUAGAUUUUUUUUUUUCUUUUUCUUCUUAAGAAAAAAAAAAUCCUUUAAAGGCUGUUCUGGGAAGGAAAAAGAAAAAGUGUACUCGUUGAGUUUGUAACAUAAAAAUCAAGAGGCAUUAGUUUCACAGCCUUCAGAGACUA